AUGGCGUUCCCGGAGCUGCUGGCGCGGGAGGCGUCCAUCUAUUCGCUCACGCUCGACGAGUUCCACGCGACGUUCGCAGGCUCGUCGCACGUCUUCGCUUUUUGGCCCAUGGAAGACUUCCUGCGAUCCGCCUCGCUCGCCGAGGAGUUGCACAUGCUCGCCGCCGCGCAUGCUGCCAGCAGCGCAGAUCUGCACGCGCGCGACAAGGCCGCGGGGUUGCUGCGCGUGCGCUUGCUCCGACGGCAGAAGUCCGCCGCAGCGCUUCCGCGCGCGCUGACUGCGCGGACCAAGGAAGACGUGUGGAAAGACACUAAGGCGGAAUUAGCGGAGGAGGGGGAAGCAGCGGAGCGGGGCGGAGCUGCUCUUCCUAUCGGCAGCGGCAGUCGCAACGGGGGGUGCGAGCAUCUUCGGCACACGAUGGGUGGUGCAACCCCGCUCACUCCCCUCCUCUGUGCUCCACGUCAGUUCUGCUGCUCCAACCAGCCCAUUAUCAAGGGCCUCGCAUAUCCCGUGGUGGUUGCCCUCUUGCAUUUCCUGCAACACCUCAAGGCCCCUCACUCAUGCAGCUUUCGCCAGUCUUCCUCCUCUGCCAAGUCGAUCCGUUCCUUCUCCACCGUUGUCCCACCUACCUAUCUUUUCCCACCUCCUCGCGCCUUGUAUCUCACCUUCCCUUCCCCCCCCCUCUACCCCUGCACCCCCUUCCCUCCCCCCUCAAUAGUGAUUUCAGCGUUGGCGCUCGCCGUGUGCGCGAACUCUUGGCCGCCGCCAGCAAGGCCGGGGCGGUUUGACUGCCACGUGGUCGUGCCUAACCCCGAUGUGGAGGGGCGGCGGCAGAUCCUCGGACACCACUUUGCAAGGUGCAGUGCGGUGGCCGUGGGUGCUGCAUGCAUGGGUGAUGCAUGCGUGGGUGCUGCAUGCAUGGGUGCUGCAUGCGUGGGUGCUGCAUGCAUGGGUGCAGGGAAGUGUGCUGCCGCACAUUCAGCUGACUAUGCACACCUUCAUUUCCUCCCUCCUCUCCUCCCUCUCACUCCCCCAACAGCAUCAUGGCCUUCCGCUCUCUUCUCCCCCCUCCCAGACCCCCCUCCCAGACGACAUGGGCGUGUCGUGUCGGUGGUAGCGCGCGGCACGCCGGGCUUCAGCGGGGCAGACCUCGCCAACCCGGUGAACGUCGCUGCUGGGCGGGCAGCCAUGGAGGGGCAGCGCACACACCGUGGGCGCCGAGCUCCGUGGGCGGCAAGGGGGUCACACGUGAGGGGAGCGGGACUUACCCACGGUCUGAAGCAAGUGGGUGCAAGAGUGGUGGUUGCGGGGUGCUCAGCCAGGGCGCAUACCUCGUGCAAGCCUCAUGGCGCCAGGGACUAG